UGCGACCUACAACCUUGAUAAUAUUCUUGUUCGACGUUCGAAGCUUUCAAUUUUUGCUGCUGCUGCUCGCUUUUCUUACUAAUUUCUGUUAAGCUUAGUAUAAAAAUAUUGUGUACAACAAUAAAGUACAUUUUUAUAUACACAUAUGAUGGCGUCCCUUGGGAAAGUCUUGUGUGGUACGUUCUUCACUAACACCAGUUUGCGGGUGCUGAGCCGCUACCCAAUGUGCGCAAGUAAACGGUAUUUAAGUCAAUCGAAAAUUGUCAAUAACCUAAAUCUUCAGACAUGCAGAGUACCGGUGACGGUUAUGCGGCAUUACAGUGUAAAACCACCGAUGACUAUCGAACAAAUUAAAAAGCGUGUCCUAUUGGUAUUACAAUUAUACGACAAGGUCAAUCCAGAUAAGCUCAGUCUUGAAUCACAUUUUAUCAAUGAUCUUGGAUUAGAUUCAUUAGAUCAUGUUGAAGUUAUCAUGGCCAUUGAAGAUGAAUUUGGUUUUGAAAUACCUGAUGAAGAUGCUGAAAAGUUGCAUAAACCUAAAGAUAUUGUGCAAUAUGUGUGUGACCGUGAAGAUAUUUACGAUUAAACCAUUCAGUCCUGUGUAUUUAAAUGUACUAAAUGUAGUUUUUCCAAAUAUUAUAACAACUCAUUGGAACAGCAACACUGAUUUGUUAUUUUUUUAAGAAUAUAAGUAUAGUAAGUUUUGAAAAAGUU